CAGCUCCACCGCCAGCCCAUAUGCAUAUAUCUGUUCUGGUUUAUUUUAGUAAUGCUAUGUCUAUACAUAUGGUGGGUCACUGACUCACUGUAUGGCUUCCCAUGUUUAUCUGUUUCAAUUCACCAAUUAUGUGGAAAGAGUUUUCUUUGCCUUCUACACAGUUUUCCUGUAAAUUGUAUCCUGCCAAUGGGAUUUCCAGUUUUCCAGUUUUCUCACUUACUUACAUGGGUUAUUAAUUUAUUGAGCUGAAUGCAAUCUUGAAUGAGCAUUUCUUGACUUUUUUAUUUCUUUCUUUGAUAAACACAUAAGUCAGAUUAAUCUUUUUGUCCUAAGAGAUGGACUCGAGUAGUGAAGCUAGUGUAGAUUUUUUAUCCAUUGGACCUUCAUCCCUACUUGGUAGAACGAUUGCUUUCAGAAUAUUGCUCUGCAAAUCGAUUUCACAAUUGAGGCGUAAUGUUUUCCAGUCACUGUUAUUCUACUUGUCCAAGUCAAAAACAGGAGUUUCAAACUACUUGAUGCCUUAUAUAGCAUGGCUUCAUCCACGGAAUCCGCAAGCCAUAUUAGCAAUGGUCACACUCUUGGCUUUCCUGUUGAAACGCUACACGAAUGUGAAAUCCAAGGCUGAGAUGGCUUACAGGAGGGAAUUCUGGAGGAACAUCAUGGGAUCUGCGUUGACCUAUGAGGAGUGGGCUCAUGCAGCCAAGAUGUUUGAUAAAUCGACCCCUAAAAUGAACGAGUCGGAUCUCUACGACGAAGAGCUUGUCCGGUUCAAACUCCAAGAGCUUAGGCACCGCCGGCAAGAGGGUUCCCUUAGAGACAUUAUUUUUUGCAUGAGAGCCGACCUUGUGAGAAAUCUGGGCAACAUGUGCAACCCUGAGCUCCACAAGGGCGGCCUCCACACCCCUACACUCAUUCAAGAAUACAUCGAUGAGGUUUCAACUCAGUUGAGAAUGGUGUGUGACCUUGAUUCAUCAGAGGAGGAGGUUCUAUUGGAGGAGAGGCUUGCUUUUGUUCAUGAAACCAGACAUGCCUUUGGUAGAACGGCCUUACUCCUAAGCGGGGGUGCUUCUUUGGGGUCUUUCCACAUUGGUGUGGUCAAGACAUUGGUGGAACACAAGCUCUUACCACGGAUUAUUGCCGGGUCGAGUGUCGGGUCCAUCAUGUGCUCCAUUGUAGCCACUAGGUCUUGGCCUGAGCUCCAGAGCUUCUUUGAGGACUCGUGGCAUUCUUUGAAGUUUUACGAGCAGAUGGGCGGAAUAUUUUCAAUUUUCAAGAGAGUGAUGACUUUUGGGGUUGUUCAUGAGAUAAGAUACCUCCAGUAUAUGUUGAGGAAUCUCACUAAUAAUUUGACUUUCCAAGAAGCGUACGAUAUGUCGGGCAGGAUACUUAGCAUUACGGUUUGCUCCCCAAGGAAACAUGAACCUGCGAGAUGUUUAAAUUACUUGACAUCUCCUCAUGUUGUCAUUUGGAGUGCCGUCACAGCAUCAUGCGCGUUUCCUGGCCUUUUCGAGGCUCAAGAACUAAUGGCAAAGGACAGAAGCGGAAAUAUUGUUCCGUAUCAUCCCCCGUUUCAAUUGGGACCCGAUGAGUUGGCCAGUACAUCUUCUCGUCGUUGGAGGGACGGAAGCUUGGAGAUUGACUUGCCUAUGGUUCAGUUAAAGGAGCUUUUCAAUGUAAAUCAUUACAUUGUGAGUCAAGCAAAUCCUCAUAUUUCGCCUUUACUAAGGGUGAAGGAGUUUGUUAGAGCUUACGGAGGGAGUUUUGCAGCCAAGCUAGCAAAGCUUACUGAGAUGGAGGUAAAGCACAGGUGCAAUCAGAUCCUAGAACUUGGGUUCCCACUUGGGGGAUUAGCGAAGCUUUUUGCUCAAGACUGGGAGGGGGAUGUGACUGUUGUAAUGCCUGCAACUCUUGCUCAGUAUUCAAAGCUGCUGCAAAACCCGUCUGCAAUGGAGCUACAAAAGGCAGCUAAUCAAGGGAGGAGGUGCACUUGGGAGAAGCUCUCAGCCAUCAAGGCAAACUGCGGGAUUGAGCUUGCACUUGAUGAGUCCGUUGCUAUGCUGAACCACAUGCGCAGACUGAAAAAGAGUGCAGAUAGGGCAGCUGUCUCCCACGGAACUAUCCCCUCCGUUAGAUUCAACGGUUCCAAAAGAAUUCCUUCUUGGAAUUGCAUGGCGCGCGAGAAUGUACAUGACUUGAGUGACAGUGAUCAGUCUGAAAGUGCCGACCUUAGUUCUUGGACACGGUCUGGUGGGCCAUUGAUGAGGACGGCAUCGGCAGAUAAGUUCAUAGACUUCGUGCAUAACUUGGACAAAGGAUCAACAAUUGACCCGAACGAGCGAUCUUGUUCAGAUGCAGAGCUUGAGCAAACAUAUCGGAACCCUUUUACCGGAUCAACGACCAUCAUGGUGACAGAAGGCGAUUUUUUGCAGCCUGAAAGGAGUCAUAAUGGCAUUGUUUUUAAUGUUGUGAAAAGGGGAGACUUGACACCCUCAAGCAUGAGCCAUGGCAGUGAGAACACCAAUGGUUUUGUGCAUGAUUCGAGCCUGGAAUGUGUCCAACUUGACUGCCUUGAAAAGGAAACCGAUACUAGCUCAGAUGAUGGUGCUGAUAGUGAGCUAUGAAAAUUUUAUAUUUUCGGCCUCCAAAUUCUAAAGUCUACAUUUCCACAUGUGCUCCUACUGACCACGUUAAGGUCUUCUAUUCUCUAGUAUCCACAAACUACCAGUCCCUAAGUAAUUCAGUUUAGUGCUCCUAAGUUACAGAUCACUAAUUGAGAUUACACCUCAUAUGUACAGUUCAAUAUUGCCUGGUGCUCAACAUCUUUUCCUCUGGUUUGGGCCCUUGAGAGUAAUAUCUCUAUCAUUCUGAAAUCUUAGUAUUCGAUUCUUCGUUAAGAAAUCGUUGAUUCUUGGUGCAUUGUGACUACAAAUUUGCAUUGAUCACCACAUUCAUUUAAGUCUUCUUGCUCCAUUGCUCCAAAACUUACAUAGUCGGAAUGAUGUGCUACUGCUCUAUGUUUUUAUGC